UUAAUACCCUAAAACAAUGCUUUAAUUUGCUGUUUCUGCUUGUUUCUUGUCAUUUGUUAUGUGUAAAGUCAUUAUCAACAAUCAUGCAACUGUCUAUUUGCUUUUAAUGUUUUAUCAAAUUGUAUUCUUUAGUCAAAUCGUUACCUUUACUAUAUAGCAUGACAUGCUACUAAAGUGAAAUAUAGAUGUAAGUUGUGACCACUGACAAUUUUUUUUUUCAUUUUUUUUUUAUCAAAAGACAAUUUUACUAAGAGAAAAUUCCUUUUUAACUACUCAAAUGUUCUUUUACAAUUUGAGGCUUACACACAAAAAGGGGACAAUUCUUCUUAUUAUGGGCCCAGUACCUAAGAGCAUCAUUAUACCAAAGCCUCUUCUUAGGUCUUAAUUUUUUUUUAAUACUUUAAGUAGUUAAAGUGAGGUUAAGAGACAUAACUAAAAGACCUGUACAAUUAACGCCUCUAAUGCAAGUUUCUUAUUUAGGGAUUCUUAAAAAAACGUCAUGAGAAGAAGAUGUCAUAUAGAAUUUUUAUUGUUUUGUGAAUAAAAUUUGUGAUAAGAGAAGGAGACAAAGAGUAACCGUAGAAUGCAUGAAACUGAAUAGUCGAACCGUAGAAUGCAUGAAACUGAAUAGUCGAACCAUAUUCUGCUUAUUUUUGUCAAAUUCUUUUUUUUUUUGAUAAAAGCCUUCAUUAAUUUAAAAUAUUUACAAACAAGAGUAAAACAUUACGAUAGAAAAACAGAAUAACAAGGAGAGAGAAAGAAGAAGCUAGGAGGAUGUAGGUGAAGCACGAAGCUCUUUCUAAAACCGAAAGAAAUCAGAUCGUGAGCCAAAGCUCAAGAAGAGAUCCACCGCAUGGUCUGCCCAUUUUUUUCAGCACCGUUGCAGGAGGACGCGUUACUACAUCAUGUAGCCUUAAAUGUCGUUCUUCCCAAAUCUCAUAGUACAUACAAGCAUGAAGCAUGCCAGGCCUGAAACACGCUAAAGUAGUAGCUGUGGAACGAGGUUGGAGUGACAGCCAUUGGAAAUUGCAUUCGCCAAAUUUUUCUUUCCAAAUUUAGUUUUUGUCAAUUUCACAUAUUGGAAAUUGCAUUCACUAACAAAAAAAACCCUAAUUUACUAACUAAAAUUACACCCCCUCUCUUCUUUUUCUUUUUUCCUAUUUCUCUUUAUCAUCUAUCUCCAAAACUAAUUUUUCUUUUUUCUAUUAUUUCACAAAUAAGCGCUUCGCAUAUUCUAGUACUAAAACAUGCAUUCACAUUUUUAUUUUAUCUGCCAGUGGAACCUCUUUUUUUUAUAACCAAAUUCCAUAAACUCCACUUAAAUGAUAAAAGUUAUACUGUUUUUUCUUGUCGAUCUACGGUAGUCAAAUUACUAGUUACGUUAGACCAAUCAUACUUUUUUUUCGUUUCAAUCAAUACAUACAACAACUUUAGUUUAAACUUUCUUUAAAGAACAAAAAUUUGUUUAUUUAUAAAGGUAUUUUUCUAUUUCCCCUCAAUAUUUUUAUUUUAGGAUGCCUCCCAUGUCUCUCUAACUAAAUAUAACCUUUCUAUUCUAUUAAUAAGAAACGGAAAACUAAAUAAUUCAAAUUUCUUUUGAAAAAAGGUAUAGCCUUAAGUUUGGAACACCAAGCAACAUCUAAAAAAAUAUCAAAAGAACCAUUUUCUAACAAAAGCGAAUCACAACGCAAAAAACCAACAAUAACUGGAAUUGGUUUAUCGUUCACUUAAAUGUGCUUCAUUAAAAAUCCAUCAAAAAGAUUCAUCCUUUCCAUCAACAUAUUGCUUUUCUUUUCUUCAUAGAAUCAACUUAUUUUAAUUACAGAAAUAAAAAUGGGUUGUGGAAAAUCAAAACACGAUGUUGUUACGGGAAACACCAGGACGGUUAGAAAACCCUUAGAUGCUGAAUCAGUGAAGGGUAAAGAAAAUGAGACAAUAAGAAAACAAGAAAGCUGCCAAUGCCAGAAAAGCACCGACGUCGCCGCUGCGGUUUCUGCAGACCGGCCAGAUACCACCUUGGAAAACAAUACCAAGAAGGAAAAAGAAACUAAAGUAGAUUGUGGAGAGAAGCCAGAGGAAAGGGAAGCUGGGGAAGAUGAACACAAAGCAGAGGAAAAGGAAACCACCAUUUUGCCGCCGGUAAUGGCAGUAGUGCCAGAAAAUAUUGUGACGGAGGAAACAUCCAACGACGUAAAUGAGAACGUUUUGAUUGUGGAUAAACAAAAUGCAGAGGAAGGUGAUAUUGAGACGGUGGUCGAAGAGGAAAAAAGUAUCGACGAUAAAAUUUCGGGUGAUGUCGACACUGAAAUUUCACCUCCUGAGAUUGAAGAACCAAAACCAGAUGUACAAACUUCGGAAACAACAGAAUCAGAAGUUCAAGAUACUUUAACUACAGAGAAUGUAGAUAUUGUGGCAGCAGAAAACGUAGAAACUGCGUCCACAGAUCACGAUGAAGUUCCGGUUUUAAAGGACGAAGAUAAAGUUGAUCAUGUAGAGGAAAAUCUGGCAAAGGAAGUUGAGUCGGCAUGAACAAAACAAACAUAUCGAUCAACUUUAAUCCAUUUAUAAAAACACUCCAUGCACCACAAAAUCAAAUCUAUUGUUUCUUUAUUUGGUAAUAUAUUUGAAAAACGAUAUUCAAUGACUGUAUUUUGUUUCGUUUAAACAUAUUUAUCACUUUUGGUGGAAAAACAUAUUUAAAACUUUAAUAUAGAUGGAAUAAAGGUUUGAUUGUUUUAGCAGGAAAAAAAAAUCGAUUGUUUGUUGUUACAAAUCAAAGAUGCACAAAUGAAGAAUUGAAGGAACUUUUGUGUGUUAUUGCAGAAUGUUUAUACACACAUAUACACUACAAGACCUUAUUCUUGCUUGCCUAUUCUCUAUGAUUACAAUCAGCUAUUUACAAAAAUACAGAAUAAUGUAAUUGCACAAUCGAAGAAAUUGAUAUUUGAUACUAUGUACUAUGUAGGACCGCGACUGGUUCCAACAUUAUUAAUCAGCUACCGUUACAUUUUUCUAUAUAGAGAUAUGCAAGCACAUACAUAUCAUAAUAAAUCAGUGUUAUUGAAAAAUAACUUUCAAAAAAAAAGAUAUGCAAGCAGGAAUCUAAUUAUGUAAUGUACACUGAAAAUAAAAAACUUUAUCAUGAUGUAAAGAAUGAGAUAAAAUUUAUAUUAUUAUUUACGCAUAACAUUCUCCAAAACAGAUAAUCAACUGAAAAUUAAAGACGAAAUACCUCUAGUAGGUAAAGAAUUGUAGAGUUCCAAAAAAAAAAAAGGUAAAGAAUUUAUACAAUAAGUUAAUGUUACUGUAAGUCAAGACGAUAACGAAACUGAAUCAUGUUGGACGCUUUGCUAGAGAAUAAUCGAAAAGAGAGAACAUCGGUUUUGUUUGCUUUAAAGAUUAAGAGCUUCUACUUAAAGCUCUUUUACAUGGCAAAGUUGUAUUGUAAAAUAAAGUUUGAUUUUGUACUUGGGUUUAUCAUAUCAAAAUAUAUCUGAAUAGGGUUUUAUAGAUUUGACAAAAAAAACGAUAACAUAUGAUGUAAUAUCACUUGUAUGAAAUUUAUGGAAAGGGUUUUCUUAAAACAAAAUGGAGAACUAAUUCAAAUAACUAGCUGUUUACCAUGUUACUGAUGGUCUGUUGAAAAUAUGUAAAUUAACAUCACAUAUUAGAUGUCAACUUUUUUUUUGAACAUUGAAGAAGGCCAACUUUUAUCCUAGAGUUCAUCAUUUAAAAACGCAAAAUUUAUCAGUUUCGUCAUGGAUAUAUAUAUAUACAUAGCUCAAAAGUAAAAAUAACUACUUUAGUUUGUAUGGUUUUAAUUUGUAUGAAAUAUUAAGCGUUAACUAUUAAUUUUAUAUAAUCGUCCUAUGCCAAAAAACAUAAAAUGUGUGUUUGCUGAUUGUUAUCUAGCUAGUCAGACGUGAAAAUUAGCUGCAAGUUGUAUAAAUUUGAUAUCUGGAUCUUAUAACAAAUCUAUCAAGUAUAAUCAGAAAAAGUAUUUUUUUAUCAAUUUAAAGAUAGUUUUGAAUUUGGAUAAAUCCAUCACUAAAUUCUUCACUAUCCAUAACAAAGUUUUCUUGGAAGUGAUUGUUCAACCUCAUUAUAGAAAAUGGCAUUCUAACUAUUACACCAAAGUGUGUACAGAAUUGGAUUCUACCAUAUAAUGAACUUUGUUAGAUUGUUACAUAUUUAUUCCAUGUUAUAGGACGGUACGGGCCAGUUGGGGAAUUAGAUGUGAUUUGGCAUAUUAUGUACAUACAUAUAUGUGUCGGUACGUGAAUCACGUACACUGAAAAUCAUAAGAAACUUUUAUCUUGACAUAAGAAUAACGACUCUUGAGAUCAACAUUGGGCCACCAUUUAAAUCAUUGAAAGGCGCAAAAUAAAAAAUGUGACUUAACAUUUCAGUUGUUUUAUUUUGGAAUACAACUUGCCUGCUUCUCUAUCAAAUCCAUCUUCUUAGCCAUGAGUUUGACUUGACAUAACUUUUAUUCAUCGAAUAGGGAAUAAAGCUCAAGUUGGUUUGAUUCUUGAAGCUUGACAUCGUAAUAUUCGAACUUCAUGCAUGACGAUAAGGCUAAAACGGAACCACAUAGUUUACCUUUUUCUCACAAGUGGUCAGGAUUAUUGAGGUAAUAUCAUGCGAUCUCUAAUUUCACAAAUAUUGAAGAAGCAAAUGAGCUGAAAACUUUAUAUCUAAGCUUAGCACCUGUAUUGAAGAAGCAAAUGAGCGUCUUAAGACGUAUCUAAAAGUUAAACUAUCUCAAAGGGGGUGGCAACGAUCAAAUUUGUAUGUAAAAUCGAAUUUUCAGCACAGCGCCUGUAUAAACCUGAUGAUAAAAAUCAACAUUAAACCGGUUACAAAAAUAAUUAUAAGACAAUAAAAAUCACAAAACAUUGAACAAUUACACUUUUCACCUUUUUUAUAACAUAUAGUUAUUUUGGUAAUUAGUUGCACAAAAUACUUAUAUUAGAAAAUAAAACUUUCGUAUCAAACUAAAAGAUUGGAAGCUAUCUUUAGACGUGUUAAAAAAAAGGAAAGCUAUCUUUAGAUUAUUCUAGUUUUCAAGAAUGUAACAAACUAAAUAAUGCGACAUAAGAAAAUGCGAUACUGCAGUUCUUUUACAGCUCAAUAAAUCGAAAGACCGUACUACUUAUAAACAUCACAUGAUUCGUCCGUAUCAUAAUAUAUUCCCCACAGCUAAGAUUUUGUAAUAUCAACUGGGAAAGGGAUUUUUUACC